AUGCUCGCCUCCGCCGUCCGCAUUCCCUCGCCCGAGCCGGACGUCGCGGAGCAGGACGCCCCCCGCAAGCGCGACCGCUCGCCCUACGACGCCGGCCCUUCGAAGCGCUCGCGGCGCCACGACGCCGACGACACCAACGGCGACGACAAAGAUGCGCCGCCGCGCCGCGAGAGGGGGAACGGCCGUCCGCGCGACCACAACGGCAGCAGAGACGUCCAGGUCGGCGACGACGAUGCGCGCCUCAACCUCUUCAAGAGCGCCUUUAGCGCCUCGCGCAAGCUGCCCAUCGACGACUCCAAGACGCGCGCCGGCGGUGCCUACAUCCCGCCCGCGCGCCUGCGCGAAAUGCAGAAGGACAUCACCGACAAGGCGACGCCCGAGUUCCAGCGCAUGGCCUGGGAGGCCCUGAAGAAGUCGAUCCAGGGCCUGAUCAACAAGACCAACACGGCCAACAUCAAGAUGAUUGUCCCCGAGCUGUUCAGCGAGAAUCUGAUUCGCGGGCGAGGCCUCUUUUGUCGCGCCAUCAUGAAGGCCCAGGCUGCUAGUUUGCCGUUCACGCCCAUCUACGGUGCCAUGGUCGCUAUCGUCAACACAAAGCUGCCGCAGGUGGGAGAUCUGCUGGUUAGGCGCUUGAUUGUGCAGUUCAGGAAGAGCUUCAGGAGAAACGACAAGGCCGUGUGCUUGGCCAGUACCAUGUUCCUCAGCCACCUGGUCAACACGCAGGUCGUGCACGAGGUGCUGAUUGCCGAGAUUCUGCUGCUGCUGCUCAACAAGCCGUCGGACGACUCGGUGGAGAUUGCCGUGGGCAUCAUGAAAGAGGUGGGCGCUUUCCUCGAGGAGAUGAACUCGGUGAUCGCGAAUGCAAUUUUCGACCAGAUGAGGAAUAUUCUGCACGAGGCCGAUAUCGACAAGCGCACCCAGUACAUGAUUGAGGUCUUGUUUGAGGUCAGACGGACCAAGUACAAGGAUCAUGCCGCGGUCAAGGAGGAUUUGGAUCUUGUGGAAGAGGAGGACCAGAUCACACAUAGGCACACACUCGAGGACGAUGUCAAGGUCGAGGACGGUCUCAACAUCUUCAAGUUCGAUGCAGAGUACGAAGCGCACGAGGCUGAGUACCAGAAGAUCAAGGCCGAGAUCCUGGGCGAAGAGGAGGGCAGCGAUGCCGAAUACACAGACGCUUCUGACUCGGACGACGAGGACGAAGAGCAAAAGGCCGAAGACGUCAAGGACCAAACCAAUGCCGACCUCGUCAGCCUUCGCCGAACCAUCUACCUCACCAUCAAGUCUAGCGGUGGUUUCGAGGAAUGUUGUCACAAGCUCAUGCGCAUCAACCUCCCGCACGGCCUCGAGAACGAACUCACGACCAUGAUCGUCGAGUGCGCCAGCCAGGAGCGUACCUAUGAAAAGUUCUACGGCAUGAUCGGUGAACGCUUUUGCAAGAUCAAUCGCAUGUGGACCGAUCUGUUUGAGGAAGGCUUCGCACACUACUACGAAACCAUUCACCGCUUCGAGACAAAUCGCCUGCGCAUCAUUGCCCAAUUUUUCGCACACCUCCUUGCCACAGAUGCGAUCGGGUGGCAUGUGUUCCAGGUUGUCAAGCUCAACGAGGAGGACACAACGUCUUCUUCUCGUAUCUUUAUCAAAAUUCUCUUCGAAGAACUACUCUCCUUCCUUGGUCAAAAAGACGUCGUUGCGCGUUUCAAGGACCCCAUACUGCAAGACAGCCUCACUGGUGUCUUCCCCACAGACGCAGACGAUCAGGCCAAGACGCGCUUCUCGAUCAACUUCUUCACCGCUAUCGGUAUGGGUGUGCUUACCGAGGGUAUGCGCGAGUGGCUCAAGAAUGCCGCGCCGAAACCAAAGCCGCUUCCCGAGCCAGAGAGCGACUCCGAGGACUCGAGGAGCGUGUCAAGUUAUUCCUCGUACUCGUCACGCAGCGAUUCACGCAGCAGGAGUAGGAGCAGGAGUAGAAGUCACACCCCAGCCCGCAGACGCCGCGAUUCGAGAUCUUCUUCGAGGGGCCGGUCGUACACGCGCAGCCCGACACCAGACCGCAAACGCGUCACAGCUGGUAAAGCACGCACCCGCUCCCUCUCAGACUCACGCUCUCGUUCCCGCUCCCCUGCUCCGCGCAAGAAGCGCAACUAUUCCUCCAGCCGCUCGCCUUCGCGCUCUCGCUCGCCACCUCCCAAGCGCCGUGGUCGUAGCCCUUCAAACUCGCCCUCGAGGAGUCCGCCACCAAAGAAGAAGGCCAGGAGUCCCAGUGUGAGCGUGAGCAGGAGCAGGAGUCCAGUGCGAAGGCGACGGAGCUACAGUUCAAGCAGAUCAAGAAGCCCACCACCCAAGAAGACCAACGGGAAAGGCAAGGCGAGGGCGAGUGAGAGUCGGAGUCGUAGCCCUGUACGGCGGAGACGGAGCUACAGCAGCUCGAGGUCUAGAUCUCCUCUGCCCCGAAAAGGGAGGGAUUCCUAG